CCCUUGGCCUCAAUUAGAAGUGAUUGAUAUUUCUUCUACUCAAGUCAAUGGAACAAUCCCACCCUCAAUUGGGAAUAUCACCUCAUUGUGUGCAUUCCUAGCAUUCAAUUGCUCGAUUCAGGGACAAGUACCCACUUCCAUGAUGAAUCUAUCCCAGCUAGAAUUUCUGAUGCUUGGUGUGAACAAUUUAAAUGGUCGGCUUUCACCCUCAAUAUCCAAUUUAAAAAGCCUGCAGCUUCUAUAUUUGGUUGAAAUUUUUUUUGAAGGAUCCAUACCUGAUACAAUAUGCAGCAUUUCCUCCCUCAAGUCCAUUGUUUUAGUCUAUAACUCUUUCACUGGGAACUUUCCUGAUUGCAUCAGCUAACUACCAAACCUUUGUUCCUUUUUUCUUGGUUUGAAUAAGAUGAGUGGAACAAUCCCUUCCCUUGCAUACUUUUUACAGAACUCCACUCUGGAGAUAAUAGAUCUUGGAUUCAGUGGGCUCACUGUAAAUGUAGACAGACACUCAUUUUCAUCAAACUUCCAACUACGAGUUUUUUUAUUAGGUUCUUGUAAUUUGGGAGGCGAAAUUCCAAUUUUCAUAUCCAACCUGACUCGACUGACAUUGUUAGGUUUGUCUAAUAAUAGCUUAUCAGGAAGAAUUCCAUUUUGGUUGUUGAAUCUUCCCAGUUUAGGUUCCUUAGAUCUCUCUCUUAACAACCUCCGUGGAGCUCUUCCACCUAAUAUAAAGUUAAAAUCAUAUUUUGGAUCAACAGCACUGCUUUUGGGAAGCAAUCAACUUCAGGGAGCCAUCCCAUCUUUGCUUGAGAAUGUAGAUGAUGUAGAUCUGUCUAGAAACAACUUCACAGGCCACAUACCAACACAACUUGGACUCCAAAACAUCAGAUACUUGUCACUCUUUGGCAAUAAACUUUCUGGUGAGAUACCAUCCUCUUUUUGUGAUGCAAAUAAUCAGCUCAUGCUCCUUGAUCUUUCCAAUAACAGCUUGAGAGGUACUGUUCCCACCAGCAUAGGAAAUUGCACAUCUUUGAUCUUUCUAAACCUGGGAGGGAACAACCUCAGUGGACAAAUUCCAAAAGAACUAGAGGGUGCCAAAAACUUGAAUUAUCUUGACAUAAGAGGCAAUCUUUUUUAUGGUUCUUUUCCUUCAGCCCUCCAUAAACUUCAGAGAUUAAUGGUUCUCAACCUGGGAAGUAACAGAUUUGAAGGAUCAAUCCCACGGUAUAUUGGAGACCUCCAAGACCUUCGUAUUCUGGUACUAGAAUUCAACUCCUUCAAUGGUUCAAUCCCUCAAGACAUAACCAAGUUAGAAAAGCUGCAAAUCAUAGGCUUCUCCAAUAAUCAACUGUCUGGUCCUAUCCCGGAAAAGCUAUCUGGUCUGAAGAAACUGACAACACGUACAGUGGAUGGAAAUCUUCUUGGUUUUGUCAUCUCAGGCAUCUAUGCUGGUGUAGAACUCAAAAUGGUUAUCAAGGGAUUUUUGCGGCAUCUAGAGGUGGUCCGCACUUACAACAGUGGCAUAGAUCUCUCAUGCAACAAUCUGACUGGCAGCCUUCCAUCUGAAUUAGGCCUGUUACGUGGACUCUACAUGCUUAAUCUCUCACAUAAUGAGAUCUUUGGCGAUAUCCCAGCCAGCAUCAGCAGCAUGAGUACAUUGGAGUCACUGGACCUCAGUUUCAACAGUUUGAGUGGAGAGAUCCCAACAACAUUGAUUCUGUUGGACUUCCUUACUACCUUAAGCCUGUCAUUCAACAACUUAAGCGGGAAAAUUCCAACAGGACCACACUUUGACACGUUGUCUAGAGAUGGCUUGGCAUACAUUGGGAACAAAUUCUUAUGUGGAGCUCCCGAUGCAGUCAUCACUUCAAUCAGAAAAUGGAAGGAACGUGUAGUCUCAGCGCACCUCAAUUCAGACCAGUGGCCACGGCUUGGAAGAAAAGGACUUCUCCAUUAAAAGACUUUGACUUUCUCCUCCGCGUGAAUCAAACAGUGACAUCCGA